GACACGGAGGCAACCGUCUCUACGUGACUCGCGCAGCGCCAUCAAAUAAGCUCCCUGGCUCGCUCUGACAACGUUGCCGUGGAAACCCCUCCUCAUCACGUCUCCUCCUCCUCCUCUUCGUCCUCCUUGCGCGCACACACCCACGCCACACGCACCGACAUGAGCGGUAUUCCCGCCGCGCCCCUUCUUGCCGUGCCUGAUGAAUAAUCCAUGUGGAGGCAGCUCAGCAGCGGGAGUGCAGGGAAUGCCGGCCGGAAGGAAAGCCAUGUGCAGUUAGGGACCGUCGCUGCGUGAGAUAAUGGACUUCUUUGCUGGAUCCCACACACGGACGCUGACAUGUGGGAAUCUCAUCCUUCCGACUUGUUUUUGAGGCAGGCUACAGCCAUGUUUGACAGGAUGCUUGGACUGACCUCGAGCGCUUCCUUGUACGCGCCAAACGCCGCGUGACACCUUCAUCCUUAUCCCCGUGGAGGACUUCCCAUUUAAGAAAGACACUUCAGCCCGCAGCCAUGUUCUGCUUCUGUUUCCAGAGCCCGUCCCUCAAGCUACAAGCCCUGGAGGCGGACAUGGGUCCUCCUCCUAACCCAGCACCCGAGGACCCCGGAGACCAGAAGAACCCGCCAGCCCACCCGCAGCCUCUUUUGAACAGGGAGCCAAGCCUGCAUGCGGACCACAUGCCGCUCCUCCACUCGCCUCCGUCAGCGCCAACACAGGACGUGGUCGACUCAUCACAGCCUGUGGCCGAUUCUUCACGAUGCGGUCCUGCGCCCUCCAACGCCUCUCCUCCAGGAGAUGAGGACGCCCUGUCAAGCUCUCCGGGCUCCACCAGCAGCCCUCCUCUCCUCUCCAGUUUUACCACCAGCGAGUGCCCCGUCCCGUCGCCGCGCUGCCCCAACAUCAGCAGCAGUCUGCGCUACAACCUGGACCCCGACAGCGCCCCCUCUCCACCGUGCUCCCAGCACAUCCGCAUGGCGCGCUGCAGUGUCCGCGCGGAGCCAGAUGACGGCACCUCGUCCGUGUCGCUGCUGAAGAGACACAUUCAGACCUUGAGGAAGAGGAUCAGGCAGCUGGAGGAGCAUUUUGAGCAGGAGAGGCUCAAGCCUUCCUAUUGCGACAAGACGGCACAUCCAGAAGUUGCCAGACUCAUCACGGAGCUCCUGAAGAGCCGCAAGCAGCUUAAAGAACUCAAGCUGUGCCACGUGGAGGAAGGUGUCUUAAAAGGAGCGCUAAGCCCCCCAGCAGACCUGAGCAGGAGCAACCAGGGGGAGGCUGCACUCUCAGGGCCCGAGCUGGAGCACAGCAACAACAACAGCAACGCCAACAAGCCCAGUGUGGAGGACACGCUCCGCGUCAUCACCAGCACGCUGAAGGACAGGAGACGAGAGCUCGGCCUGCCGGACAGCAUCAAGGAGAUGAACCAUUCCCAGAUGAGCUUGGAAAAGUCCAGCCUGCAGAAAUGUCUCCUCUACUUUGAGAGUCUGCAUGGACGCCCGAGUGGCGCCCAUGAGUGUUGUGUCAUCAAGCCUUUCUAUGAGCGCUAUCACGUCCUCAAGCAGUUACUGCUGUCCUCCCCGUCCCCCACCCUCAUCACCACCAUUGAGGAAGAGGAGGGCUCUGAUGAAGAUCAUCCUAAAGAGCAAAGCCUCACACCAGGAAGUGUGUCAUCGGGGGUGCCACUGCCCGCUCCCCCCCUAGAAAUGUCAGAAACACCUCUGGUGUCUCCUCUGGAGGAGGUCAAGUGUCUCCAGACGCAGGUGGUCACUAUGGCAACACUCCAUGAGGCCUCCAGAUCGGAAUUACUGGACCAUCUGAGGAGCACUCGGCUGGAGAAACGCAGGAUUCAUCGAGCGCUGCGAGAGUUUGAGGACCUUUUCUACACGCUGAGUGGCAGGGUUUGUCAAAAGGAGGACCGCGGCCCCAUGGCAGAGGAGUACUGCCAGUAUAAGAACCUCAAAGCAAAGCUCCGCCUCCUGGAGGCUCUGCUCAGUAAAAAACAGGAAACAGCCAAGAGCAGCUGAGCUUCUCACAGUGGAGCUUUUUGUCUUCACGAACAAAAAACAAAACCAGGACCAGGACUUGAAUGAGCUCGUUUGCACUUUACAGGAAGAUGAAAGUCCAAAAAGCACAAGAUGAAGCAACGUGUGUCAUGUAGCGUGCUAACUUACUUUAUUGUACAUGAUGAGUAAUGUCAGCAUUAGUGGAGGUGUAUUUAUGGCACUUUGCUAAUUGUUAUUGUUGUGAAAUAUGCAUCUGCUGAAUAAAGGCAAAAUAAAGGCAUCAAAUCUAUGAAGGGGUACGAGGGCCACACUGAAAAGAAAAGGGGGAAAAAACACCCCCAAAUUGAGACAAAUGAGCGUAAAGUUAUGUGGAAAAAAAGGGGUGGUAUUGAGCGGAAAAAAAGCAAAGUUGGUGGGUGUACCCCACCUGGGAUAGGCUCCAGCAUACCCCCGAGACAAGCAGCUUAGAAAAUGAACGAAUGAAGCAGUCAUUUUCCAAUGAAAAAGUUGGAGAAUAAAAUCAGUACAGAAUGUGGGGGGGGAGAAAUAAAAUAUUUUUUCUAGUCAUAUUUCAAGGACGAAUGUUCCAACAGUCACGUUAUUAGUAGCAUUACAACAAAGUACAAAAAUGAAGUCAUAUUACAGCAAAAAAAAAAAACUCAAUGUUCUCAGACUCAUCAAAUUACAAGAAAAAAGUUGUAAAAAGACUAAUUUCUCGUGGUAUUCCUGUAAUUAGCCUUUGUUUUCCCGGUGCUCCUUGUGGUCAGUGUGGCCCCGGUACUCCCGUGUGUGAAACGCCAUCAAUGAGCUGCAACGUUUCAGUCCUCCUUUGUGCUGUCGUUUUUUUCCUCGAUGGUGACGUCGUGUUUACGUUUGUAGUGCAUCAUCAUGUCUGCCUUCACUUGCUUGACAGGAAUCCUGUUCAAUCUUAAUGCUGUCGUUGACAUGAAUCACAGCUGUGUGUGUGUGUGUGUGUGUGUGUGUGUGUGUGUGCACUUCUGGUAUAUAUACCACUCUAUAUAUACUGUAUAUGUACAUAUGAAUGUAUCCAUAAAAAUAAAUAUUUUUUCACAUUUA